AUGAAGGGAGUUAUUCAUUUUGGCAAAAGGGGAAAGCUUCAACCAAGAUAUAUAGGACCUUUUGAGGUUUUGAAGCGUGUGGGAACUGUGGCUUAUGAGCUGGCAUUGCCUCCCGAACUUUCAGCAGUACACAAUGUCUUUCAUGUCUCUAUGCUUCGAAAAUACAUAUCAGACCCUAGCCACGUGAUUAAUUCUAAAUCGUUAGACAUUCACCCAGAUCUAACUUAUGAGGAAACUCCAAUAAUCAUCUUGGAUAGGAAGUUUCGAACACUUCGAAAUAGAGAUAUUCCAUUGGUAAAAGUUCAAUGGCGAAAUCACGCAGUGGAAGAGUCUACUUGGGAACACGAGGCUGAUGUUAAAGCUAAAUACCCUCAACUUUUCGAUAAACAAGUUAAGUAUUUUAUGUGCUACUAUGUGAUUCAAAGUAAAGAAAAAUGUUAUGAAAAAUACCAUAGGAUGCCUGAUGAAUCGAAGUUGGAAGUUGAGACUGUUGACAGAGUCCGUGUUGCUGGAUCAAGAAUUUAA